AAAAGGGCUUCCAAGAUAAAACUUGAUUUACGUCCGGAUUGCGAUGAUUUUUUACGAUUCUGAGUCGAUACACAUUUUCAAAAAAGUACUCUUAAAAUGACUUUAUAAAGCUUUGUCAGGUAACGACUCGCUCAGAUGUCAACAAUGUAUUUGCAUGUAGUAGACAGACGUCUUUGAUGAAGGAGAAUGUUUAGGCGCACUUUUCUAAAAUGUCUCGGGUAAGAAAGAGCUUGACAUGCCAAAUUUAGUUUGCAGAAUUUGAAAAAUAAAUUUAAAAAAAGAAUAGAAACAUGAUGUCACUCAUGAUCACUUCACUAAACUUCCAGCCGACUCUGAACAAGCUGAACGGGUCCAGGCCUCGAAUUUGAACUUUUAAAGGUCAAGGCAAUUGUUGCCUUAAAGGAGGGCUCAUAUUUUAGGGCACCAAGGCAAACAUUAUUUUCUUUCCAGGCUGGGGCUCCAAAGCAUGCAUGCAUACAUAUACAGUUUUUUAAAAUUCAUUAUUAAUAUAAACUUGUCAGCUUUUUGUCAUUUCAUGUUGCCUUUAUCUCUAUUUUUGUAUUUUGAUAGAGGGAGGUAUUUUUUUUAAAUUACUUAUUUUUUAAGUUAUGUACAUGUAAAUGCUGCAUCGGGACAGAUCCAUUAAGAGUUUGAGCAGAAAUAUGUCAUAUAGGAAUUAACUACACACAAUAAAACAUUAAAAUGAUCUGUCAAAUGUAUUUUAAAGUAAUACAUUUGUGACAUUAAAAAAACACAAGUAAUGUAAAAAAAACUUGGCUUUUACUUUUUGAUAUCAAAAUAAAACACAAAGCAGUUUGGCUAAUAAAGAUAAAUUCUAAUAAACAAGAUGUAUUGUUCUCCAACGCCCCCUUGUGGUUCAGUACAACAGUUUGGCCAACAACAACAAAAACCAGCAGUGACAGCGUGUUUCCUCACCUCCUUAACUCUCAGUCACAGCAGCUGAUGGACGCUUUAUUGACAAAAUGAAAGCAACAUCGUAUAGUUUUUCUCCUUUGCUGUUUACUUUUAGUGUGUCUCCAAUAUUGUCCACACCUGUCUCCAUCUAAACUCACAACAGGAAGCGAGGGAAAAUGACGGUAGCGCCCCGGAAGAGUUGGUGCUGCAAGGAAUUCUGGGAAUUUGUUCUGUUGUGUUGUGGUACAAAUAUUCUUCCGAAAUGUAAUUCUCAUUGUUGUUUAGUGUGGUCUCACGAUAUGACACAGGUUUAUGACAGUGUUGGCGUUGUUUAUAUGGCCACUCCUAGUGUGACAUGUUUAGCUGUUGAGUAAGUAUAUUUGUAGCAGUGUUAACGUUGAUGGUUGGCCGUGAUUAAUAAGUCAAACAACAUUAGUGCGCAUGCGCCUGGCUGGUGUCGCCGGAAACGCAGUAACAAAUGACGGACCUGUAAGUUUUUUUUAGUGGUCAAUUUUUUAGGUUGCCGUGGUCAAAUCCAAGCCCUGCGGAUAAUGAAGUUUAUCACCUGUUUCACUACAUGUAACAUUUUGAAAGGUAAGCAAAAAUACAUAUUUUUUUGUCAAAAGUUUGCCUCUGUGUAUUACGACAUUAACUUGAUUUUGUGCAACAGUUUCUCCUAGUCUGGCUUCUAGAAGAAGGUAAAAUGUCCUGGAAUCAGUGCUCUUCAACUCUCAAAAAGUUGGGAGCAUCUAUUGUUUUCAAAGAACUGUGACGUAGCCGAGCGACAUAUACUGAAAUGGGCGUGGAAGCUCCGCCCCCAGGCGUGUUGCCUGGAUACAAGCUGAGAGUCAACCUUGCUUCCUCCAUCAGUGUCAAGCAUCAGAGGACCGCUCACUUGUCAACCAUCUGUCAGUUCCUUCCUCACCAUGACGCAACAGUUCCUGACCCUCUCUGAGGCCCAGAAGAAAGAACUCCAUGAGACCGCACUGCGCAUUGUGUCUCCAGGGAAGGGCAUAUUGGCUGCGGACGAGUCAGUAGGCAGCAUGGCUAAGCGUCUGGCCCAGGUAGGAGUGGAGAACACAGAAGAGAAUCGCCGGCAAUUCCGUCAGAUUCUGUUCAGUGCGGACGAGCGAAUCAACAGCUGCAUCGGAGGAGUCAUUGUCUUCCACGAGACUCUCUACCAGCACUCGGACAGUGGAGUCAACUUUGUGAAAAUGAUCCGGGACAGAGGCAUCCUGGUUGGCAUCAAGGUUGACAAGGGCGUUGUUCCUCUGGCAGGAACCUGUGGAGAAACCACCACCCAGGGUCUUGAUGCUCUAUCAGAGCGUUGUGUCCAGUAUAAAAAGGAUGGCGCUGUCUUUGCAAAGUGGCGCUGUGUGAUGAAGAUCAGUGAGGUCAACCCCUCCCAACUGGCCGUUACACAGAACGCCAAUGUUCUGGCUCGUUACUCCAGCAUCUGCCAGCAGCAUGGCAUUGUGCCCAUCAUUGAGCCAGAAGUCUUACCUGAUGGAGACCACGACCUGAAGCGCUGCCAGUACGUGACUGAGAAGGUCUUAAGUGCCGUCUACAAGGCCAUGUCAGACCACCAGGUGUACCUAGAAGGCACUCUCCUCAAGCCCAACAUGGUCACUCCCGGCCACAGCUGUCCCAGAAAGUACAGCCCGGAGGAUGUCGCCAUGGCAACCCUCACCUGCCUACGCCGCACUGUUCCUCCGGCGGUGGCAGGUGUGGCUUUCCUCUCAGGAGGUCAGAGCGAAGAGGAGGCGUCCGUCCACCUCAACGCCAUCAACAACUGCCCUCUGGCCAAGCCCUGGAUCCUCACCUUCUCCUUCGGCCGGGCUCUGCAGGCCUCGGCCCUGCGCGCCUGGAGGGGCCACAAAGAGAACCAGAAGGCUGCCACCGAGCAGUUCAUCAAAAGGGCCCAGGUCAACAGUCUGGCAUGUCGAGGGAAGUACACGGGCGCCGAAAACUACCCAGAUUCUACCCACGGCAUCUACAGCUCCUGCUACUCUUACUGAGCACAGCAGAUUCCUCCACUCAUACAACAUAUGACUGACAUCAUUGAUGCUCUUCUUGGACUUUUACAAACCACUGGACUCACUGGACCAGGACCAGGACCAGGACCAGGACCAGGACUUCCUGUUUCUCGUGCUGGAACACUGGAUUUGGUUUGAAGUUUCAGGAGAUCAUUUGAGGACUUGAUGAUAAUAUGAAUAGUUGUGUCUUACUAGUCCAGAUGUCUUUGAAAUAAUGCUCAGUUAGCACAUGAAACAACUCUUAUCCUAAAGAAAGGAAGAACAAAUUCCAGCUGCUAUUGAAAAGAUUGAAGAAUUCUCUCAUGUAUCACAACUUUACCUUUAAUGUUGUUUCCUGUCCAUCAAAGUGUCAAUAAAACAUGAUUUCCAUGUC